GAAUCAUUGGCCAGCGGGUCUGCGGACGAGACAUCCUUGGCUACGCCUGGCGCUUCUGGGGGACAUCGGAGAGACUUUGGGGAAUUCAUUGAAAGAUUUCCAGUUUCGCUGGAGGGUCUGCCUCCAUGUAAAAAGAAAAGGGUGGAAUACGGUUUUCCAGAAGACCGUGUCUUUUAUAAUAAAUGGAGGGCCGCCCAGUACGCCCAGCGGGAGAAACAUCUGCUGUCACAUUUCACACUGCACAAACCGUCUGCAGCGAAGGUCUUAUCACACAGGAGGGCUGGACGGUGAACUGGCCAAAGCCGGAGGAGAUUGUGCUGCAGUGGAGACCAGCCCCAAAGCAAAAAGUAGAAGAAGACCGUUUUGUCAUUCAGUGCGUGUCCCAGCAGACAUGGACGGGGCUCGCCAUCAAGGACUUUGGUGCAGAGCAAGAGCAAGGAGUCGUCGCAACCCGACGGUUUUACACCAACGAUAUAGUCUGUGAUUACCAUGGAAAGGUAAUCACAGAGGCUGAAGGGAGGGCCAUAGUGCAGAGCCUGAACGACGAGCCUGGAUAUUGUUUCUUUUUCAAAGCUGGAGAAAGAGAACUGUGUGUAGAUUCACAGAAUUAUCCAUGCGAGAGCCACCCUCUUACAAACACUUUUGGCAGAAGAAUAAACCAUUCUUCAAAGAUGCCAAACCUUAAACCGUUCCAUUGCAAGAUGAAAAUUAAUGGGGAAGACAAGGAUAUAAUCUUAUUUAAAGCGCUGAAGGACAUCACUGUUGGCACACAGCUCAAAUAUGACUAA